UUUUCUUUCUGUAUAGAAAUGUUCCACUAACGGUCUGGAGAUAACAAUUAAUCCCAACUGAUCCCUUAUUUAUCUGGUUUUAAUGUCGCGUCUUCCGGCAAUACCAGGCCGUUUUAUCAUCCGGCCAGUGAAAGAUUACGGCGCAAUGUCACAUUGUUCCGUCAUUCUCGCAGCGGCGGCCAAUAGCGCGGCGCCUGCGGGCCACAUUUCAGCGGCCGUCGAAUACGGCGGCAGCCUCCGUGGCCCGCGGCGAUCGGCGCGUCGGUCCCGACGACAGACGAGCGCCGGCCGCGCCGAGGGCAGGUCGACUCCCGGCGGCGGCGGCGGCGGCGCUAUGUUGGUGUCGACCCACCACCAGGGGCAGCACGGCACCAACGGCACCAUGACCGGAGAGGAGGCGCUCGGCCUGGCCAUCGUGCUGGGUAGCAGCUUCAGUAUCGUGGGCGUCGUGUUCAGCUUCAUCACCUACAGUCUGUUCUCCGACAUGAGGAACCUUUCCGGGAUAAACUUGGUCAACUUCUUGGCGGGACUCUUCCUCGCCCAGCUUCUCUUUGUCAUCGGAGCCGACGGAGUCAAGACCCCGGAGAUGUGCCGGGCCCUCUCGCUCGGCCUGCAGUAUUGCCACCUGGCAGUGUUCACCUGGAUGGCCGUCAUGCUGCUGGACAUGUACCGCCACUGUCGCAGCAGCGUCAACCUCACCGCCAACAACAACACCAACAUCAAGACCGACUUCUUCUGGUUCUCGCUGGCCGGCUGGGGCACUCCGCUGGUUCUGGUCGGUAUCCAGCUGGCGCUGCUGUCCAGCGACAGCCCGGCGGUCCCCGGCGACUCUCCCGCCGCAGCCGCGGACACCAGCGGCUGCUGGUGGGGCCAGCAGCCGGCGCUGGUCUACACCUACACAGCGCCCGUCUUCCUGCUGGUGCUGGCCAGCCUCGUCUGCCUCCUCAAGGCCGCCGUCGUCGUCCGCUACGCCGUCUCCAUGCAGAUCGACCGCAAGGUGAAGGAGAAGAUGCGCCGCAAACGCUGCCUGCAGCUGCUGCUGCACGGCAAGCUGCUGCUGCUGCUCACCCUGGUGGCCGUCACGGGAACUGUGAGUGCCGCCGGCGACUCACAGGUGGCGCGCGGCGCGUACGGCCUGCUGCACUCCCUGCUGGGGCUGGUGGUGACGCUCUGCCUGACCUGUAACUGCAAGGUGCUGCGUCUCUACACCAAGACCUGGCGCCAGAGUCGGCACGUCAUCUCGGAUUACGGCGCGUCCGGCUCGGGACGAUCCACCAGCAUGGAGGCGCUGGCACUGGAUGCGCCCGAGGUGGUCUAAGGCCGCCUCUGGAUACUCCAAAGGUGAAACAUGGACUAGGACCUCUGAAUGUCCUUGGUGUGGCAUAAGGACGCUAUCGGUUGUUAUCGGCUGUUAAGAUGGUUUUAAUUUGCUUUUGGGCCCCCAAGUCAACGUUUAGAGUGCAUAUCGGCGCCAGGAAUAUGUUUCUGGACGUUCGUGGGGCUCUUGUAGUUGCGAUUAGCAUAGACGUUUCUUAGUCCUAUGCGCCACCAGAUGUAUGGUUUAUGGACGCAAAUAAGCCCCCAAACAUCGUAUACGCGGACCCUAUUGGUGAUGCACUUCGUUAAAAUGGUCUUAUAGUGCUUCUAGUUUAGGUGAUCCCCAAAACUAUCAAGGGCCUCCAGUGAGUCGAAAGUAGUCCGAGGAACUCUCUCGUACCUUGGCAUAGUGGUGACUUGAGUCGAGUAGCCCCCACGUUGUACAGCGCCAGUAGCUGGUGAGAAAGAACUGUAUCAGCUCUAAUUAUGCGCUGAGUACUGAGUGAGCUGAUUGACCCGGUGAGCCAGACUGUUUGAUGGUGUAUGACUGCAUAGUACCUGUCUUGUGCUGAUCGAUCAUUAUAGGUAUAGUGUGCGUGCUAAAGUAUCUUAGUAUCAUACCUGUAAAUGCUCGUGUGAGAUGUUCAUUCUGAGUGAUUAAGAUGUUCAAACAGUCAAGAAACAUAAGUGCUGAGCAUUGUACUGUCAGUCGAUAGCUUGAAUCGUACCCAAAUCUAUCAAAAUAUAUGAUACGUCGAAUGAUGAACGUGAGCGUAACUAGUGUAUCGUAUUUUCUUGUUAUCAAACAUAUCAAGGCACGAAAUUUCGUCUGUGUAAUGUGUUUAUUUAACCUAUGUAACAAAAUGUAAAAUAGUGUAGCAUGGAUAAAUGAUAACGGAUGAAUGGUAAUGUUUUAUUCGUCAACAGUCAAAUAGUAGGUACUUGUUAUUUAUUCUGGGCAGGAAUAUAUACGUGCAUGCUCAGACGGAUUCUGAGGAUGGAUGGACAUUUUAAUCAAUACUUGUAUGCAUACUGUAUGUACCUACUAUUUACAUAGAAAGUAAUGAUUUAACAGAACCAAUAUCACAGCCAGCCAGACAGUUGCUUAACAGUCCGUAAGGAUUUCCUCUUUAAAUUAGAAUACAACUGAAUUGAAAAGAUAAGAGGAAUUUCAUCUA